AUGAUGUCAACCAUCUGCGUGCGGUGUUGUUGGUUCUCAGAGGGUAACUUUCUUAUCUUUUUCGACAUUGGGAAGAUAUUUCUUGCUUGCUUGCUUGCUUGUUACACACCACGAACAGCACCUUGUUUAUUGGGUUGGGUGAAUGACACACUUUUUUACCUCGUUGCUUUCCUUGUAUCGAUCCGAUUCAUUAAAGUAAGCACGACAGACAGACAGACAGACAGACAGACAGACAGACAGACAGACCGAUUGACAAAAAGAGGAAAAAUGGCCUCCUCGGUCGUCGCCGCCUGGGAGGACUGCGACAAGAUAGACACCCUGUUUAUCCUCGUCUGCACGGUAAUCUGCUGGACCAUUGUCCCGACUGUAGGAAUAGCCUACAGCGGCUACACCUGGCGCCGCAACUCCCUCACCGCCGCCCUCCCUGCUGUCCUCGUGAUCUCAAUCUGCUCCAUCCAGUGGUUCGUCCUCGGCUACUCCCUCGCCUACGGCCCGGGAAACGGCUGGUUCUUCGGCUCCUGGACCGCCCACCUCUUCCACCGCGACGUCCUCUCCUCGCCCGUCGGCACCAUCCCCGCCAUUUUGUUCAGUGAAUUCCAGCUCGUCUUUGAAGCCACGGUCUGCGCCAUCGCAGUAGGCGGGUUCGUAGAACGGGGCACCAUCAAGUCCUGCGCGGUGUUCAUCGCGUUAUGGUCAACAUUCAUCUACUGUCCCCUCGCGCACAUGGUCUGGGGGGGUGGUGUGCUGGGAGAGGAGCUUGGAGUGUUGGAUUUCGCGGGGGGAACCCCCGUCCACGUCUGCUCCGGCGCCACCGCGACCGCAAUCUCCCUCUACCUCUCCUACCCCAUCUUCCGCUCCAAGAAAUCCCCCCUCCGCACCCCGACCCACAUCCGCCUCCACCGUCCCGGAAACUCCUUCUUCCAGCUCGUCAGCAUGAUCAUCAUCUGGGGCUCCUGGCUCGCCUUCGACGCCGGCACCGCCCUCGCGCUAAACUUCCAGUCCGUCAUGGCCCUCUGCGUGACCAACCUCUGCGCCGCCUCCGGAGCCCUCACCUGGUCGGUGAUGACCUUUCUCGAAUCGGGCAAGUGGUCACUCGACGCGACGUUCAUGGGCGCGAUUGCCGGGUUGGUGAUGAUCACGCCCUCGGCGGGGUUCAUCGACAUGCCUACUGCGUUCUUCUUUGGUGUCUUUGGCGCGGUCGUUUGUCGCCAGGCGUUGAGGAUCAAGUUCACCAAGCUGGCGCAUAAGUGGAGGUGGGUCGACAAUGGGGAUACCUUUGCUACACAUUGUGUUGGUGGUGUGGUGGCCACCGUCAUGACGGGCUUGUUUGCGCGGAGGGAGGUGGCGGCGUAUGGCGGGCUGGAUGUUCCCGGGGGGGUGGUGUUUGAUGGGAACGUGAGGCAGUUGUGGGUGCAGAUCGUCGAGGUGUUGGUCGGCUUCAGCUGGAGUUUCUUUGGGAGCUGGUUGAUCAUCGCGGGGAUCGACUGCAUCCCCGGGUUGGAGGUGCUGGCGGUUGACAAGCAUAUCCAUGAGGGGCUUGACUUUCACGAGACCGAGGAGUCUCUCGGCAUUUUGGUGCACCCCGAGGAGGAAGAUUAUACCCCUACCGACAAGGGGACGAUUGCUCUCGACUGA